AUUACAUGUUAUUUACAGACCAUGACUUGCAUUGGAAUAUAGAUUCUGCAACUGUAACACGGGUGUGUUUACUGAUUGUUCUAUAGGUGUAUUUUGUGGUAUAUGCAAACUCAUCUGAACUACUGUAACAGUUCAGGGGUCGGAUUAUUAAGUUGGUGACUCAGAUGUGUUUUCUAUUUGUUCUAAAACGUGUAAUAAUUGAAUUAUUUACAGACCCUGGUAUGCAUUUGAAUAUUAAUUCAGCAACUGUGUUAGUCGGGUAUGUUUACUGGUCGUUCUGUAGGUAUAUUUUGUGAUAUACGCAAACUACUGUUGCAGUUCCUGAGUCGUAUUAUUAUUUCUGCAAUUCGGAUCUGUGUUUUCUGGUCGUUCUGAAGAAGUUAUACAAGUAUAUGUUAUGUACAGUCCCUGGAUUAUAUUGGAAUAUUAAUUCUGCAGCUCUGGUGUGUCUCCUGGGCUGAGUAAAGGAGCAAUAUGUGUUGUGGCAUUCCUAAACUCAUGUUAUCUACAGAUCUGGGCUUCGAAUAUUAAUUCUGCAACUGUGGUAUGUGUCCUGGUCGUUCUAAAGGAAUACUUUGUGGCAUUCGCAAACUCAUAUUAUAUAUGGUAACAGUUCGUGAAUUGCAGAAUUAAUUCUACAGAUCUGGGCUUCGAAUAUUAAUUCUGAAAUUCGGGUAUAUUUACAGCUGGUUAUAAAGGAGUAGUUUGUGGCAUGCGAAAGCUCGUGUCAUAUGCUGUGACAGUUCCUGGCUUGGAAUAUUAAUUCUGCAACUCAGUUGUGUUUUCCGGAUUUUCUAAAAUAAUAUUAGGUUGUGAUAUUCUUAAACUCGUGCUAUUUACAGGUUCUGACAUGAACUACAAUUCAACAAUUCGGAAUGUGUUCCCUGGUCGUUCUAAAAGAGUAGUCUGUGUUAUAUGCAAACCCAUGUCGUAUACACUUCCUGGACUAUUAAUUGUGCAACUCGGGUAUGUUUUCUGGUGGUUCCAAAAGAUACGUAUUGUGUAGUAUUCGCAAACGCAUGUCAUAUACACGUCAUAUACUGUCACAUUAUUAAUUCGGCAUCUCCUGGUAUUCGAACAUUCUUGCUAUUUAUAGUUUCUGGCAUAUGGAAUAUUGACACAAUCUCGUUAAGAGACAAAGAUAAUCUAUCAGCAUGUCUUUAUCUGAUGACGUCGAUACUAUCGCCGACGUAGCUAAAAUUAUAUGCGACUAUUACAUAACCGAAAAACUAUUACUCAAAAGAAAACCGAAAAGAAAGCGGAAACGUUGCUAUGGCAACUGCGAAUAUUCCGAAUGCUUCAGAAGAGCAGGGCACGUCCUUGAACGAUUGUACCCGAAUGUGUAUACCGACGUCUCACGGAAAAUCUCGGUGACAAUGACGUCAUCAACUGUCGUGAAGACCGACUUGAGUUCCGUUUUAGAGAUUCUGUUUCGGGACGGUGUCACGUGGGGGAAGAUCGUGUCGAUGUUUGCCGUGUCCUCGUGCUUCGCGGAGGAGUGCAUCCAGCAAGGACAUUCUGAGUUUGUCGAUGACGUCAUAGACUGCGUUGGAACAUUUACAGCCGUCCAUCUUAGGGAGUGGUUGACUAAAGAAGGUGGUUGGGGAGGAUUUGAGCCCCUGCUGGAAGAGAAAAAAGAGUUCAAAGUUCACAUCAUCGUCGAUGUUUUGGGACUGCUGGUGAUAUUCAUCCUAGUUCUAGCAUUGCUACUGCUACUUCGGUGACAAUCGUCUUUGUUUACAGCCGUCACGGUGAUCACGAUGAUGAUGAUGCUGAUGAUGAUAUGACGUGUAUGAUGAUGGUAACUGUGACGACGACGACGAUAAUGAUACGACGGUGAUUAUGAUGGUUAUGACGGUGAUAUGACGAUGAAGGUGAUAUUCAUAAUAGAAUGACUUCAUUUGUUUUUCCGUAUGAUGGUGAUGGUGAUAAUGGAUAUGGUGAUGAUCAAUUUUUAAUUACGAUGUUGC